ACUUCCUGAGCAGCAAUCUGCCUGUUUGCAGCAGAUAGAUCUGUAUUGUUUGCCACUUCCAGUUUCCAGUAAUGGGAAUGAUUACUUGACCAAUAUCUAGGCAGCUUGUACUCGGGUCCUGGAAAAACAUACUAGCACUGGCUUCCACAACGUCCAUCGGCCGCUGCACCUAACUUGCUUAGAAAAAGGAACUGAAUGUUCUUUAUGAUUGAAGAUCCUUAAAGAAGGGGAAAAGUGGAACUAAUGAACACCAUUUUAUUCUGGAGUUUCAUAUCUGCUCUCCGAUGACGAGAUGUAUUGUGUAUUGCUUUUGAUCCUCUUACACUGUUGCAAACUGAAAGCUCAUGAAAAUGUGUUCACCUUAAAUGAACCUGUACUCAGCGCCAACCCAUCUAAAGAAGUUCAGAAUGGCAAGUCAGUCAUUCUCAACUGUUCAGUGGAAACAAUCAAAAGUGGCAAUUUUGUGCUGAAUUAUACAUUUAAAAUUUCCAAAUAUGAAGAUCUUCUGGUCAGUAUCACAUCAGAGCAAGAAUGGGUGGUGUAUAACAUCUUCCCAGCCAGAUUUUCUCAUUCUGGAGAAUAUCACUGUGAGGUGACUGCUAAAGGGAAAACAAAGACCAGCAAUCUUUUAGUUAUUCGAGUAAAAGGAAUAAUGAAGCCAAAACUGACUGUUCAGAAAACACAAGUGACGGAAGGAGAAAAUGUAUUGUUACGUUGUGAAGUGACAGGAGAAAAUCCUCCUUUUUAUUUCACAUUUUAUAAAAUCCGACGUUCUCCAAGUAAUUCUUCAGUGCACAAGAGUAAGCCUGAACGAACAAAAAACUAUGCAGAGGUGGAAUUCCCAGUCGACGAGGGAGACAGCGUUUUGUUUUUUGAAUGUACUGUGAGAGUAUCUUUAGCUAUGGUGUCUGAGACAUCAGAACCCAGUAACAGAGAAGUCGUUGGUGUUGCUGAGCCAUUUUCCAUUCCCAAUGUAACGGUCUAUCCGCAGAGUGUUGUAGAAGGAGACAAUAUUUUGAUAAAAUGUACUACUAUCCUGAGUCAUCGGCAUGACAUUGAAAUGAUCCUCCAGAAGGACAAAAAUAUUCUUAACAAUUCUAGGGGUGGAGAGUCUGUGACAUACUCUGCAGCAGCUACAAUGGAGAACAAUGGCAAUUACACUUGCAAAGUGGAACUUGGAAGAGUGACCAAAACUGUCACAGUGAAUGUUGUAGUGGCAGAGCUGUUUUCCAAGCCAAUACUACUUAUUUAUAAAAAAGACCUGGAUGAAGGCAGUACAGUACACAUGUCAUGUCUAGUUAACAGUUCAUUACCGUUAAAUGUCUCACUCAUGAAGGAUAAUACAUUCUUGACGGACUCUACUUCCUAUGCCUUUACGGCCUACAUAGCUAACAGCGGAGUCUAUGACUGCAGGGCGAAGAUGAAAGGAAUCAUCAAAAAGAGUGACCCUGUACAGAUCCGUGUUUACUCUCCAGUUUCGAAGCCACACUUCCUCUUCCCUGAAGGAGCAGUGUUGGGACGUCCCUUUGUUUUAAGCUGCUAUUCUGAGAAUGGAACUCUACCUAUAACAUAUACUCUCUACAGAGGAAACAUAACCAUUGGCCAGACUGAAGUAGAAAAAGAUAUAGCUGCAAAGUUUAAGGACAUGGCAACUAAGGAGCACGUCCAAGGAGAAUACAAAUGUGAAGCUAAAAAUGGCCAUUCUAAGAAAUCCCAGAGCAAUGGGCUCAAUAUCACAGUGAUAACUCCAGUUUAUAACAUAAGCUUGGAAAGCCUUUCCCAUGGAGACCUGGAAGAUGACCAAGACCUCGUCCUUUUUUGCUCUGUUACCUCAGGAUCGUUCCCUAUUGAGUUUAACUUUUUUAAAGAGAACAAAGCACAUUUUUUGCACAAGGUAAUAGAAAAUAAAAUCCACACUGUAACUUGGUACAAAACAGGACUUACAAGCCAAGAUGCAGGAAAGUACUUUUGUGCAGCUGACAACUCUGCAAAAUCACAAUUACGGAGCAAGCCAGUCAUCAUCAAGGUCAUUCUGGCUUCAUGGAAGAAAGGGCUCAUUGCCUUAUUUGUUUUGGUAGUCCUCCUUGGCAUGGCUGGUACUUUCUGGUGGUACUUCAAAAAGAAGGCAAAAGCUAAAGGCAAUUCUAUGGAAUUGGAUGGCUCCAUGCCACCAAACAAUUCAAUGGGUGAAAAGCUGACAUCAGGAAUGAAUAAUGAAGGGGAAAUGUAUUAUGGGUCAGCCUAUAAAGAAGAAGGUGAAAAUCAUGUGAAAUCAAAAGAAGAUAAUAAAGGACCUGACCUUGAGAACAAUGAAGUGGAAUAUACUGAAGUAGAAGUGGCGGUUCCUGACCCUUACAGAGCUCCCAUAACAAAGAGGAAUGAGACAGUUUAUACUGAAAUCAGAAAAUCUUUGAACGAUGCUGGGGAAAACAGAAAUUCUAGAAUAGAAGGUUCUCCUGAUGGAACUUAGAGAAGUAAGCAAAAACCAUUGGCGGAAACAAGAUGGAGGCUGCUCUACCAGUCCCAAACAUUCAGCGGCACUUAGAUGCUUUCAGAAAUCAUUUUUUUGCUUGAGCUGUUGGUAACCCCUGUGGGGUGAAUGUGACAUCUACACAGUAUUACUGCUGUCCUGCCACUUCCACUAGUUAAAUAGUGACAUUCAGCCCAGCCUCCACUUAUAUGUUCUACAUUUUAUUCAGUGUCAUUCUAGUCAAUGAAUGUAUGUACACAUGAUGAAUGUUUGCCAUCUUUUUUAAAAAAAAAAUUUCCAGGCAAUUAUGGAUAAACUUGUAAAAAAUGAGGCCAUGUCUGGUCAUUUUUUUGUGAUCUCGGUGAAAAGCAUUCUGGUCUAAGCAAUUGAUUUAUGGCCAGAAAUGUUGUUGGAAGCAAAACAAUUGAGUUAUUAUUGCUAUCAGAUUGGCAGGACUACUUCAUACAUUAUGUUGUUUCACAUAGGGAAAAAAUAACAGGUGAUGGCAUCAACGCAGUCUAUAAUUUGGUGUCAAGUUUUGCACCAUCUAUGCUGCGUGGCUACUUAAAGUUUAAAGUGUAAAGUUUAGACUUAAAGUUUAAAGUGUAAAGUUUAAACUUAAAGUUUAAAGUGUGAAGUUUAGACUUAAAGUUUAAAGUGUAAAGUUUAGACUUAAAGUUUAAAGUGUAAAAAUGUUCAAAUACUUGCCCACCUUCUGGCUCCUGAGUUCAUUUUCUUAAGGUAUACAAUAAUGAUGUCCUUAAAGAUUUUCUUUUUGAAAGACAGAAAAUACUAAUUAAUUCUUCCAGCUAAACCAGUUAUGUCCUUGUUCUUUUUCUGCAGAUUAGGGAAUGUCACACUGAAGCAAAAAAAAAAAAUCACAGCUGUUUUUUACUAUACAACUUGGAGUGCCUUUGCAAAGAUUAUUACUUCUAAAAAUGCAAUUUCAGUGCAUUCGUGAACAUUAAUAAUUAUUUGUCAAACUAUUUCUUGCAUCUGAUAUCUUUUAUGGAUAGUUGAACCUGGUUGUCUCCUGAAGCAAAACUGAGGUCGCUGAUACAGGACAUCCCUGGCGACAAACAGAGGGUUUAAGAUACUGAAUUCAUAUUUGCGUAUGAUCUGCAGUUUUCUGCCUUUCCCCCUUCUCAUAAAGAUAUCAGAUUGAAUUUUUGAGCUAAAUUUUGAAGAGCAGAAAUCAAUUGAAUACCAGAUUGUAGUAGCAAUUAAUAGCAUAGAUAUGGUCAUCCCAGUAUAUAAUAUUUUAAUUUAGUUUUGUCCCUUUUUAAUGGAUGUCCUAAAAAGGCCAAGAAGAAUGAAAAACGAUACAGCAUAUAAAAUAUAGUAUUUAAUAUGCACUUACAGAUUCAGUAGUUUCACUAUGGUCUUGGGUCAAGAAGUAUGAAUGCUCAUUGAUAUAUUUAGAUCCAAAAUCAUCAAGGUGUCUAAAAAUGACAGAAAAUUAACACAAGAAAUAUAGUUUAACCCCAAUAUACCUCACAUUCAAAUGUAUUUUUAAACAAAACCAAUCUCAUGUGAAGUUAUCACUGCUGUUUAUAGAACAACAUAUCAAACCAGAAGGACUGAUAUUCAUUUUGAAGCAAGGUUUGUUGUGACUCACACAAAGGGUAAGCUGUUCCAGUUCACACUAAUGAAAUAUUUGGGAUUUUUUAUUUAUUUACUCCCUUCCCAUGAUUCCUGUAUUUUCUCUGUAAAAAGUUAAUGUUUCAAAACUAAAAACUGGCAGGCUCUGUGUGACACAUCUCUUUUGGCAAAUGUACAUAAGAAAGCUCUUGAGUAUGCACCCCUAAUCAAAUACUAUUACACUGAAUUUGAUGCAGUAUUUUAUUAAAGAAAUCAUUAGAAAAUAA